AUGGCAACAUUUGCAGAUUCGCACGCAUCGAAGCAUCGGAGGCUGUCCGACGAUGGCGGCGGCGGUGGCGGCGGCGGUUGCCCCAUCGGGCCAGGUGCUAGUGGGGGUGAUUGCGGCGGCGGCGGUGGUAGUGGUGGUGGUGAUGGUGGUGAGGUUCCGGGAGCGGUUGGGCAAUCGAUCGCCGGCGGCGCGAGGGUUGCCGACAGAAACGCCAAAAAGUUCAACGCCAAAGCAGCGACCGGCGCCUCGUCGGUGGCCGGCCGAAGGAAAGGCAGUGGCAGCGGGCUCGAGGGGGGCCCCAUGAAGCCGGCCACCGGCUCGUCCGCCCGCUCGCUGAUCGGCUACCUGUUCUAUUUAAUGUGCAUCGCGGCGCUCGGGGCCUCCGUCUACUGCGGCAUCCGCCAAUCAUACGUAGAGCGUAGAUUAAGUAGUCUAGUUAGUGUCGAGGAGCGGCUCAGCCUGGUCGAGGCCCAGCUGAGCGAUGUAUAUAGGAGGAUCACGCUACGCAAGGACUUCCCCUACCCGGAGCAGGCGGCCGGCGCCGACGAUGAGGAGAGCGUCUCGGACGUGGUGCGCAAGAUCUCGCACCAGAUCGCCGAACUGCCGCGGAUCCGGCGCGACCUGUCCGCGCUGAAGGUUUCCCGCAAGGAUCGCCAGGCGGCGGUCCAGCAGCUGGGCAACGAGUGCAUGUGCCCACCAGGACCACCGGGCCCACCAGGACCACCGGGCAAGAGAGGGAAGCGCGGCAAGAAGGGUGACCCGGGCGAUCCGGGCGUGGAGGGUCCUACUGGUCCUCCUGGUAAAAACGGACUGCCGGGCACCAGAGGACCGAAAGGCGACCGUGGGCUAAUGGGUCCGAUAGGAUUAGACGGUCCGAAGGGUGAACCGGGCCGACCAGGCGACAAGGGCUCGAAAGGUGAAGUCGGUGUGCCGCCGGUCGACGUGUUCCAGACAGUGAAGGGAUUAAAGCGCUCGGUAACGACACUGCGCGGUGGCUCCCUGGGCUACGCCGAGAUAGUGGCCGUCAAGGGUGAACCCGGAGAACCGGGACCACCGGGACCACCGGGUCCGCCGGGGGCCACCGGAGCCAUCGGUCUGGACGGGCGGCCAGGGCCACCGGGCGAUCCGGGAGCGAAAGGUGAACCGGGUCCACCGGGCGAGAAGGGACCGGUCGGCAAUCCCGGAACGCCAGGCCUAGCGGGAACGAAGGGUGAUCGAGGUGACAAAGGCGAUCGCGGACUAACGACACACUUCAAGGGCGAUCAGUUCCCGGCGGGUAUCAUCGAAGGACCGCCCGGUCCCCCGGGACCGCCUGGGCCACCGGGUGAGAAGGGUGAUCUAGGACCGGAAGGACCUCCGGGACCGCAAGGCGAGAAAGGACCGCGCGGAAAGCGAGGCAAACGGGGCCCCGGAAAGGACGACGAUUACGAUGAGGCCACGCUGCUGCAGUUCCGUGGUCCGGUCGGACCGGCCGGACCUCCGGGACCGCCCGGGCGCGACGGAACCCCCGGCCAUAAGGGUGAUUCCGGGGAGGUCGGUGCACCAGGAUCGCUGGGCCCCCGUGGUCUGGAUGGAAUGCCCGGUGAACCGGGCAUCGAAGGUCCGCCGGGUCUUCCCGGCUAUCAGGGACCUCCGGGCGAGAAGGGCGACCCGGGAGACAUUGGCCCACCGGGGCUGAUGGGACCCCCGGGUCUACCGGGCCCACCGGGCUAUCCAGGUGUGAAGGGGGACAAAGGAGACCGAGGUGACGCGAAGUUCCGGAAAAUGCGCCGACGACAGGACCAUGGGCAGGAAGGUAUGGCUGACGAACCGUACCGCGACAUGGUGUACGGACCGCCGGGACCACCCGGUCCACCGGGACCCCUCGGACACACCGGUCCACCAGGCCCUCGGGGCUACGACGGCAAGAAGGGAGAGCGCGGCGAAAAGGGACAGAAGGGCGAAUACGGACCCAUGGGUUUACCGGGUCCGAUGGGCAUCAGGGGAGAUUCUGGACCAGUCGGCCCGAUCGGCAAACCAGGCCACCCGGGACCACCCGGGCUGGACGGAAUGAAGGGAGCCCAGGGCGAAACCGGCAUCAAGGGUGAACGAGGCGAUCCGGGGCUGCCCGGAACCGACGGUAUUCCGGGCCAGGAAGGACCUCGCGGCGAGAAAGGUGGCAAAGGAGACCCGGGACCGAUCGGUAAGCGGGGCCGCAAAGGGGACCGAGGAGACAAGGGGGACCAGGGUGUGCCCGGACUCGACGCUCCGUGUCCCCUCGGCAUGGAUGGCCUGCCGCUGCCAGGAUGUGGCUGGCGCGCUCCGAAAGUGUACCAGGAACCGAUUCUGCCAUCGCCACCGCACAAAGACUAUCUGCCGGAUGUGACGGGGACGGAGAAUGAGAGCGAAUACGUCGAAGAGGAGGACGACGGGGCACCGGAAACCGAGGACUACGAGGAGGAGUACGCGGAAAAUGAGAACGGAAACUGAAGUCGUCCGCCUGUCCCCUUUCCGUCAAAAAAAGGUUCCGACCAGCCGAAAAGCUUUACCAACGUCCUUAGUCACGGGGGUGUUAAAGUGCAUCGCACCGAUCGCAUUUUGUCGGUCAAUCCUUUCGACAGGUUGUUGUUGUUUGGUUUUGGUCUGUUGUCCGUUUUGGUCCGUUUGUUUCCCUUUUUUCCCGUCAUGGCGGCUGCGUGUCCGAACCUGUAACGCUAUUAUUUGCUUUGCGUUGAUUAAUUUAUUUCCACUGGUGACCCCAAGGGGUCCUCGCGCUACGUAUGACGAAUUCAAAUGAGAGCUCUGGAGCUUGUCAUUUGAAUUGCAAUCGCCGGAGCGCCGGAAAGCGACAAGCCGAGAAACGGCGAAAAUUAAAUAAAUUGCCAAUCACACACCCUCGAAUGGCGCUGUGGCACGCACGCAAUGAUAGAUGUAAAUUAACGUAAGCUACAAAAUCCGUAUCAGAUUUUUAAUGUCGUUGCAUAAUUUAUGUGCCAUUCUGCCAGGCGGAUGGUUUUGAUUCAUUGUAGUUCCGGCUGCCAUUCCUUUUGGCCAGUGCAGCAAAGCGCAACGAUUAUGCCAUAUCCUUAUCGGCUGACAUCAUCGACACGAUCAGUAAUUAAUAGUACCGGAAAAGUAUUCGAUAGUGAGGGCUUGCGCCAGCUGAGAAUGGCCGCUGGCAGGGAAUCGUUUAGCAUUAAUUUUAAUUAUGGAUGAGUGACGUUAGCGAUAUGCCCUUUUGUAGACAUAAAACAUUUUUUCCCCCCGAAACCAUCUUGUUGGCUCAAUUUCGCACCUAAUGCCACCAGGACGGCCAGUAGCAUUUGUUUACACAGCACUGAACCGUGGGACGCAUUGUUACUGUUCGACGUCGAUAAAUAUUUGCAUUUCAGAACCAUACGUUUUCGGUGGCCACCAUUUAUGGAUAGUUCAGUAUUUUUACACGUGUUAUUACUUCCAUCUGACUGAUCCUUUCUCUCGCGUGCCCGCCCGGGACUUCUUUCCGUUCGGGUCG